AUGUCUAUCUGCACACUGUAUGUGCGCAACUUGAACGAGCGGCUGUCGCACCAGAAGCUCCGCUCGGCGCUAGAGCAGCUGUUCAGCGAGCUCGGAGUAUCUAUCGUGGAAAUAAGGCUGUUCAAAAAUCUACAAUUAAGAGGACAGGCCUUUAUUACGCUGAAGUCGCACGAAGACUGCGUGCGUGCGAUUGAACAACUCAACACAAAAGUCCUUUUUGACAAGCCAAUGGACAUGUACAUUGCGAAGGCGAACAGUGACCUGGCAACGCGAGAACGUAUGGACCAGUCCGCGUAUGAGCAAUAUCUACAAGAACAGCGCGCACAGAGACUGGAAAAACGAACAAAGAAACGAAAAUCGACGCUACAGACGCCAGCGACGGUCAAGAAACGCAGAAUUCCAGGAGCCAAGGCUGCAGAGCCUCAUAAAAUUCUGCUGAUCUCCAACGUUCCCAGCUCUGCUACCAGGGAUCAACUGGAAUCUGUCUUCGAGAAGUUUACUGGCUUCCUGAACGUGAACAUCGUGCACAUCCGCAAUCUCGCGCUUGUGGAGUUCCGCUCAGACCUCGAGGCGGCCCGGUGUCUGGAAAGUCUGGGAACCUCGAUAAAAAUCAAUGACACAGACUGCUACGUACAGUUCGCCAAAAAAUAA